GGGAUCUGAUGGGAACCUCGCACCCAAUUUGGGGAAUCGGAAAAAGAGCCGGACAAAAGCACCCAGCUUCCGUCAUCGCCCACUCCGGACCGCGUUAGGCACUGCUGCACCUCUGCCGACGGUUGCAGCUCCAUUCCAUCGGUGGUGGUGGACUUCUCCGCUUCUUCUUUUUCUCUGCCUCCCCCCACCCACUCCCACUGUUGUCAUUGCGCUUCCUCCUCUUCCGUUUCCCGUCUUUCGACCUUCUACCGAGAGUGCGUGCGGAACAACAAAUGACCGGGGGCCUCGUCGUCGUCGUCGGCGGCGGCGGUGGCAGUGGCGGAGGUGGAGUGAACCCAACGCUUGUGAGAGUCAUCCUGGCGGUGAUGGCGCUUGGCCUCGCCGGCUACAUCGUUGGACCCCCGCUCUACUGGCACCUCGCCGAAGCCUUCGGCCGUUCCUCUCCCUGCCCCCCUUGCGCCGCCUGCGAUUGCUCCUCUCAGCCCCUCCUCUCCCUCCCCCAAGAGCUGAUCAAUGUGUCCUUCACAGAUUGUGCAAAACGUGACCCAGAGGUCAGUGAAGAAAUGGACAAGAAUUUUACUGACCUUCUCGCAGAGGAAUUGAAGUUGAGAGAGAAAGAGUCAACUGAUGCUCAACAUCGUGCUGAUGUGACACUGCUCGAGGCAAAGAAGUUGGCAUCACAGUAUCAAAAGGAAGCCGACAAGUGCAACUCAGGGAUGGACACUUGUGAGGAAGCUCGGGAAAAAGCUGAAGCGGUACUGUUAGAACAAAAGAAAUUAACUAUGAUGUGGGAGCAAAGAGCUCGGCAGCGUGGAUGGAAAAAAACCCAUGCUUUUCAAAGGUGAUGAUGUUCCAUGUUUUGGUGCAAUAUCUUAGCUCUUACUAUCAAAUGUAUUGCUUGUUGUAGCCAAAGAAAUCUGAAAUUAUCCAUACAAGUUUAUUUCUUGAUGAAAAAUGCACUAGAAAAUAUGUGGUCACAAAUCAUUAAAUAGAACAAGAUCUGUCACAAAUUUCAUUAGCUGGAAGAUGAUCGAUUACAUUGUGAUUUAGUUCUUGGCAUAACAUCCCAGUACUCAACAUUGUUUUUUCU